AUGGGAGUUACUUUAAAUAUAAUUUCAAUAAUCAUAUUAAGAGGAAGUUUUAAAAAUAAUGAAACAACUAAAAAAAGAAUAAAUGUACCAGUUAAAGAUAAUGAAAUUUUGUUAAAUUUAAUAAAAAAGUCAUCAUCUGAAAAUAGAUUAUAUGAUAUUCAUUCAAAACCUAUACCAAAAUUUAAUAAAACAGCAAGUGCAUAUAUUAAUAUAACUAAAUCAUCAGUAACAAAUUCUCCUGUUAUUAUAACAUGUGUAACAAGACCAAAAAUUUAUAUUUAUUUUACAUGGAUAACAUUAUGUGAUACUGCUUUACUUAUUUUUGCUUUUUUAAUGUAUGGUGCUCCUACAAUUGGAAGUGAAAAAUAUGAAUAUUUUAAUGCUCCAUUUACUCCUAUAAUAUAUACGUUUUGUAAUACAACAAUGGUUGCUUCUGUAUGGUUAAUGUGUGCUUUAAUGUAUGAUAGAUAUAGAGCAUUAACAUCAAAAUUAAAUGUUGCAUUAUCAAUUAAAUCAGUAAAAGAAAAAGAAAUUCAUAAAAUGUUGGCAUUAGUCUUUCUUUCAUCAUUAAUUUAUACUUUACCUCGUUUUUUUGAACUUAAAGUUAUAUAUAAAGAAAUUGAACCAAAUGUAAGUUCAUCUGAAUUUUAUAUCAAUGAAAAUGAUAAUAUUCAAAUUAUACCAAUUCCUGUACAAACUGAUUUAGUAAGAAAUAAUUUUUAUAUGAUUGGAUAUCGUGUAAUUGGUGGAUUUUUAUUUUAUAGUUUAAUACCAUAUAUUAUUUUAUUUGGAACAUCAACAAAAAUUUCAAUAGAACUUCAUAAAACAGCUAAAAGAAGACAAAAAAUGCUUUCAACAUCAUUAUCAAAUAAAAAUAUUUCUAAUGUUACAUCAGAAUCAAAUAGAAUACUUUUUGCUGUUAUGGCAAAAUUUCUUAUAUCAAGAUUAAUGCCAACAAUCUUAGAUGUUAUUGAAUGUUUAGUGGGAGCAGAUUCAUUUAAUAAUGAUCAUUAUUAUGUAUCAUUAUUUAUAGAUAUAAGUAAUUUUAUUAUUGUUGUCGCAAGUGGAACAAACUUUUUUAUAUUUAACUGUUACAAAAAAAUAUAUGCAAAGAUUAACCAUAAAAAAAAAACUAAUAAAAAUUUCAAUUUAAAAACUAAUAAUUAA